CACAUUAGAGGUUGUUGUGAAAUGGCCUGCAGAGCUGACACUGAUCCUAAACCUCAGCGUUUUGAAUUCACAAUUCUGUCUGAACAGAUAAACAAACUCCAGGAGGAUGAAUGUGUUCUACAUGUGCAAGAUUCAGAGCCUGAGGUAAUACCUGAUGCUACCCUGCAGGUAGAAGGAGAGAGCUUUUAUGUCAACCGUCGACGGCUAGCCCUCCACAGUCCAUACUUCAGGGCUCUGUUUUUUGGAUGUGGUGUAGAGAGCCGCAGAAGGACCAUUGAGAUCAAAGGUGUGGGUCUGCAGCAUUUUAGGGUUUUGAUGGAAUACAUCAGGACAUGCAACAUAGCUCUGACCAGAGAAAACGUUCUUGGGAUCCUUGAGACUGCAGACUUUUUACAACUAGAGGGAGCCAGACUGCUGUGCUGCAAGUUCCUAGAGCGCGAGCUGCACCUCAGUAACUGUCUGGGGAUGAUGGCUUACGCUUGGAGGCUUGGCUGCACUCAGCUCUACAGGGUGGCAAGACGGGUGGUGCUCACACACUUCUCUGCUAUUGCUGCCGAUGAGGACUUCCUGUCCCUGUCUAAAGAGAACAUUGCAGACCUUCUUGCCAGUGAUGACCUGGCCAUCUUCAAGGAUGAUCUUGCCCUGGAGGCCAUCCUACGGUGGGUGUCAUUUGACUCCCAACGAGAAGAGCAUUUUCUGGAGCUCAUUGAGCUGGUGAGGCCUGAGUUGCUCUCUUUACCAUUUCUCACUGAACUGUUGACAAGAAUGAAAAGCUCUGACCCCAGAGCCAAACUUGUCUGUAUGCUGAAUGAACAAUUUCCAGAAUCUUGGUUAGUGGGCAGGUCAAUAAAGAGAACAAGGGCCAGAGAGACCCUCUUUGUCCUGGGCGGACCACAUGAUCAGGAGCAACAGGCACUGUACCAGUUUUACCCGCAGAGUGGUAGAUGGCAGAGCUGUGCACCUCUACAGAGGAAGAACCUCACACAGUACUCUGUAGCUGCUCUAGGAGACAAUGUGGUUGUGACAGGCGGCUACUUCCGGGACGUCCUGUGGUUCAGUGUGGACUGGGUCAGGAUUUACGAAUGUGGGAACCAGCGCUGGCUUGAUGGGCCGGCACUGCAGAAAUCCAGGCACAGCCACUGCUCCAUCGGGCUGGACUCUGCGCUGUAUGUCCUAGGGGGCAGCAUGGAUGAAGGACUUGUGAGUGACGUAGAGAGACUGGUACUGGGGCCAGACAAAGGGUGGGAGGUGAUCAGCCCCAUGGUGAGGGCUGUUGAGAGGGCAGCCACUGCUACUCUAGGCUCAUGCAUCUAUGUGGCAUGUGGCCUGGAUGAAAAUGGGGAGGCGUAUGGAGGAAUUCAGCGGUACAUGGUGAAGGAGGAUCAAUGGGAUGUGGUCUCCUAUUCCCCAUUUCCACGUUAUGACCUGGUUGCAACAGAGCUUAACGGUGCCCUCUACCUGUUUGGAGGCCAAGCUUUGCGAUUCGACGUGGAAACAGACGAGUGGACCUUAUUUGAGGAGGAAUGUCUGGACAGUAAAUUCUUCUCUGGCUGCACAACAGUCAGCGGACAGAUAUAUCUGGUCAGUGAGAAAAAGAGUAACAAAGCAAUCCCAAACAUGGUACUGAUGGACCCCUACAUAGACACCUGCAUGGAAGUGGAUGAUGCCAUGCCCUGCUCUGUGCCCCUUAGAGGGUGUGUUACUGUGAGAAUGCCUAUUUGA